AUGACUGGGGCAGAGAUGGCUCAAAAUGCGCCCGCCACUCCGGCGUCAAAGUUACAUGGACGAGCGUUUUACGAGAGCAUUGGGAGCCCCAAGUAUAUUGUAGCUCCCAUGGUGGACCAAUCCGAGUUUGCCUGGCGAAUGCUUACACGAUCCUUCCUCACUGACGAAGAAAAGAAGAAGAUGCUCGCAUACACUCCAAUGUUCCAUGCCCGACUCUUCUCCCAGGAAAGCAAGUACCGCAAGGCGCAUUUCCAAUCCACGAAACCCGACUCCCAGGAACCCUGGCUCGACGGCAACCCGUCCAUUGACCGCCCUCUAUUCGUACAAUUCUGCGCCAACGACCCCGAGGCUCUUCUCUCCGCGGCGAAGCAGGUCAGCCCAUACUGCGACGCCGUCGACCUGAAUCUGGGCUGUCCCCAGGGCAUUGCGCGCAAGGGCCACUACGGCGCGUUCCUACAAGAGGACCAGGAUCUGAUUUUCCGCCUCAUCAACACCCUGCACAAGGAGCUGUCGAUUCCCGUCACAGCCAAAAUUCGAAUAUUAGAAGACAAAGAAAAGACGUUGGCAUAUGCGCAAAAUGUCUUGAAGGCGGGUGCGUCAAUAUUGACCGUUCACGGACGACGACGAGAGCAAAAGGGCCACCUGACGGGCGUGGCGGACUGGAAGACGCUCAGGUUCCUGAGGGACAGCCUGCCUCCCGAGACGGUAAUAUUUGCAAACGGCAACAUCCUGCAGGGCGGCGACAUCGACGAGUGCCUGGCGGCAACUGGCGCAGACGGCGUCAUGAGCGCCGAGGGCAACCUCAGCGAUCCCGCGCUUUUCGCCAAAGCCCCCCCUGUCGGCGAAGAAGGGAGAGAGUACUGGCGUGGGAAGGACGGGAGAGGCGGCUGGCGAGUCGAUGCCAUCACGCGUCGCUACCUGGAUAUACUGCACCGAUACGCCCUCGGAGUCGAGCCGCCCGCCCGACGACCCCUGUUUGUGCCGGGAGACGACACGGCCUGGAUGGAGGAGCAGCCGCAAGAGGCUCAACAAGACGAGGAGCGCCCUCACAAGCGGCGCAAGAAGGACACUGACGGCGGGAAGCGCGACGAGCCCUCGCCGAAUCUGGUCGCUAUGCAGCCUCACCUGUUCCACCUCUUGCGACACUUUGUCUCCAAGCACACUGACAUACGAGACUUGCUGGCACGCAGUCGCAGGGAUGGCAUCCAGGGGUACGAAAGGGUCCUGGAGGCGGUUGAGCGGCGGGUCGCGAAAGAAUUAUUAGACUACGAAGCUGCGGAGGGCAAGAGUUUUCAGGACGAACUAGAGAGCCUGGGGGAUGGCAAGGACGAUGAGGUUGAGGGCGAGAGCUCAAAGGCGACGGUGAGGAGGUGCAAGAGGCCGGUGUGGGUGGCGCAGCCGAUUGUGAGGCCGCUGCCGGCCGAGGCUUUGGCCAAGGGGGCAAUCAGGUUAAGCAAGAAGGAGCUGGAGGCCAAGGCGAAGGGGGAGAGUGUUGUGACGGAGGUGACGGGCGGUCAUAAGCCCGAGGAGGGAAAGGUGGAAGCGAAGAAUGGGGAUGAGGCUGUGGAGGAGGGAAGGAAAGAGGAGAUUAAGGCUCGGGAUGAGCUUGUAUCUGGGUAA